CACACACACACACACACAGCCAAACCACAAUCAUCCAGCUAAUGGACUGGGCGCAUGUGCUGUAGCCGGAUUUAUAUUUCAUCCCAGACAGGGGCCAACAGGUCCAUUACUGGCGGGGAGAUAGUGAUUGUGAUUGGAAGAAGAAGAAAGGGGCAGGGACACGGCUGCAGGCUGUUUUUUUUUUUUUUUUUUUUCCACGGCUGCAGGCGUACUGCGGCAGCAGCAGAGCGGCAUGACGUGGUAGUGGAGUAAGUUGUCACAUAUGGAGACACACACACACACACACACACACACACGGUUGCAUCUCAGUGGACCGUGUGCAAGAGGUAGACUGAAGAGUAGCAGAGACAGCGUUUGAGGCAGACUCACUCAGCAGCAUGCAGAUUGGAGGCAAACUCACUUGCUACUUCGAGUCCUGAUGCUUACAUCAGCUUCCUGUCUUGGUGAAUGGUUAGAUUCUGCAAGCCAAUGACUGGGCAGCUGCGCGGAUGCAGCAGUGAUCCAGGAAAAAACAGCCCAUUGUUCCUGGGACGUCAGACAAGUGUGACCUCCCUCCCUGCCCUCCGCCAAAGACAUAGGACCCUGCUGGCAGGUCAUUAUGAGCGGGGGCGUCAACGUCAGGUCCACCCUUCAGCCCCCUACCCCAUCGGGAAUCCCGCUCCCACGCGCGUCUUUACCCGUCUCCCACAAAACGGACAGGCACCAAAGGAUCAGCGAGCUUCCCAGGGCCUUGACGCCCACCUCGAGACGUACACCCUCACACACACCCACUCAAUCUCCAUUACUUUGCCCUCGGAGCUCCAGGUUACCUAAGUCAUCCGGCAGGGACAUUCCGACAAAUGUUGGCCUGAAGCCUCCACUCGUCCAUCAACCAGGUGGUCAACAUGCUUGCCAGACUUCUUCCUUAGCCUACAAUAGUCCACUGACUCAGCGCCGUGUGCCUCUGCCACACUCCAAAGACAGUCUGGAUCUUGGAAAGCCCACACAGAUUCAGACGGAUUUUUCACUUGAUGGGAAUUGUAAUAGAAAUCUAUGCACAAAUCAAAACCAAACAUGGGGUCCCACCAGCCGACGUCCUCCGCUCCAGUUCAGCAGAGGAGAGCAUUCCACUUCCAGGGUGAUUAAUAAUGCCGUGCCAGGAAGUGGGGAAGAGGCUCCAAAAUUGGACCCAGCCCAGUCAUGUAUCUCCGACAAUGGCAACAACUACCAACCUCCCGCUCAAACUAUCCAUCAGGACAGCGUCAACGGUGUCAGUGUCAGCGGUGUCGGUGACUGCGCUGCCCAAUCGGAUGAGGAGAUGGGGACGCCGGAGGAUUCAAGUCCAGCUUCCUCUUCCAGUCUUCCGCUGCUUCCACCAGGCAUGCCUGCCAUGCCUGCGACAUGCAAGCGAUCUUUAGAGACGCAAAAAGAGUCCGCUACCUCCGAAACGCAAGCUCCGCGAGUCAACAUGGCGGCAGUUGCGCCUUUCAGCUUCAGGCUGCAGGUGCAGGAUGGUGAUUUCUCACUGGAUGAACUGAGUGACUGUUCAUCUGGAUCCAUAGAGAUCUGCUGCGAUGACCUGACACCAGGAGGGAUGCUGGAGGCUAGCGUGGCUAACAUUAGCAUGACAGCCAAGCCCAGGCAGCUGGACUUCAGGACUUCUGCGGUUUCCAGCCAGGAUUCUUCAGCCCAUUCCAUGGCCUCAAGGAAGCCCCCAGCAAAACCAUCUGCUCUACCCCAGGGACCCCCACGUCCCUCCAGGUCAGAGCUGAAGGUCUACCGCCCAGCUGCUGGAGCGAUCCCCGUUCCGGUCUCAAAUCCAUCCAAGCUACGCAAGCAGCGAUCACUGAGCAACUUGGCUGUGUUCACUGACGCUGAGAAAAAGCUCCACCUGUACCAGAGUCCCAGGUGGAACGAUGACUCAACCCCCCCCGGCUCCGGCACCAACAAAGAAGGGAAGACUACGGCAGGUCGGCCCGUGAGUGGCAAAGCCUCAUUAUCCAGAACACUUUCAACGUCAGAGCAGUCCCUCUUCCAAGGGAAGCCCAAACCAUUCAACUCCCAAGCAGUGACAUCAAGUUUGGGCAAGGCGAGCCGAAUCCCAGCCCCUGGAAAACCACGGGGACCUUACGCCGAGGUGAAGCCCAUUAGCAAAACCUGUGAGGCAGUCCAUAGUCCAGGACCAGAACUUGUUGAGAACCCAGUUAAGGCUAAUGGAGCCGGUGGUACAGGCAAUAAUGGCACAAAAGUUGGGGACAAGGGAAGAUCUGGUGCCCUUGUCAAUGAGGACAAGAAAGAGAAUGAGGUGGCAGAAGGGCAAGAUGAUAACACCUUUUUGAAGGUCGACCCAGAGUUAGUGGUGACAGUUCUGGGGGACCUGGAGCAGCUGCUGUUCAGCCAAAUGCUUGACCCAGAAUCCCAGAGGAAGAAGACAGUGCAAAAUGUCUUGGACCUGCGACAGAACCUGGAGGAAACAAUGACCAGCCUUAGAGGGGUUCCGCUGAGCCACAGCUGUUUGGCGGGGACCGUGUGCUACGACAGUGAUGAAGCUGCUGCAUUUUCCAUUUCCAGUCUAUCCAAUCGCUCCUCUCCACUGUCAUGGCACCACGGUCAAGCAAGCCCGCGUCUGCAGGCUGGCGACGCCCCAUCUACGGUCAACACCCAAUCAGAUCUUGCCCUCCGGAUCAGCCACACUUCUGGCAUCCACCUCAUCGAAGAUCUGGAUGACACGGAUCCGUCCCUGAUGAAACGAGAUUACCUGAGCGACAGUGACCUUGGUGGGAAAAGUCCCAAUGAGGAUGAUGAUGAUGAUGAUGAUGUGGAUAUCGAUGAUCUCGGGAAUGGCUGGGAUGAGAGCAGCUCCAUCAGCAGCGGCCUGAGCGACGGCUCCGACAAUCUGAGUUCCGAGGAGUUCAUCACAAGCCCCACCCUCAACUCACUUCCGACCACCCCUAUUGGCUCCCGCAGAAACUCAGCCAUUGUAAUGCGCACAGAUGCAGAGAAAAGGUCUCUGGUGGAGAGUGGACUUUCGUGGGACAGUGACAAUUCCAAACCCAGCCGGAAGAAUCUGGGAAGCAGCACCUACGAUACAGGAAGCCUCAAGUCCGAGUCAGACAAUAAAUGGAAAAAAUCGAGGCCGCUGGUGGACGGUCAUGAAGGAGGAAAGGGUGAACUGAAGAAACCUCAGACGCUGGGUCAUGGCUCACAUGCCUUGAAGAAGGGAAGAAACCCACCGGUGGGAGUCACCUCUCCCAUCACGCACGCACCUCAGAGUGGGCUGAAAGUAGCAGGUACAGUGAAGACAGAUGGAAAGCCAACAGAUAAAUCUCGAUUAGCCGUGAAAAACUGUAGUCUACAGCGCUCUUCUUCUGAUGCCGGGAAAGACCAGCGCAAUGGGACUGGUUCUUGCGAGCAACGUAAACCUCCAUCAGGUCUUGCCAAACCGUCUACAGGAGGGAACUUUGGUUUCAAAAAGCCCACCCAAAAUAAUACCAGUUCACCUGCUGUGAGUGCAGGUGGCAACAUUCCCAAGACAUCUGGUAUUCCAGUCAAACCAGCAGCAGGUGGAUGUAAGACAAGUCUGGAUGUCUCCAACAGUGACCCGAGUGGAUUUUUGUCUCCAAAUGCUAGGACGUCCCUUCAGUACCGCUCUUUGCCCCGCCCGGCCAAGACAAGUACCUUGACUCUAACCCGGCCGAGCUCGGCACGUCCGGUAAGCAGCACCGUGGACGUAGGCUCCGGGAUAUCCAAAUUCUCUGGCACGGCCCUCCAGGGCCCGAGGCUCAAAGAGCAGCCCGGACUUACUCCUGGGACAGUAGGACUAAGUAAAACGGGCGGUCGGGGGAUCCCGAGUCCUGUCAAUCAGACGGACAGAGAGAAGGAGAAGGAGCGAGCCAAAGCUAAAGCUGUCGUGUCGGACUCGGAGUGUGGAGGUGGCCCUCUGAAGGGCAGUCGAGCACAGACUGCUGCAGAGAACGGAGGGAGGCUGCAGGGGCUCAGAGCUCCCAGUAGCAAGUGCAAAGAUCUCCCAUCAUCGAACACACACCGGCUUUCCGGCUCACGCAGCCUGACGAAACCUCCGUCAGUUUCCCAUAUGGACAAGAUGAACUCCAGCAACCUGGAGGUCAUUGAGGCUCAGGACUCCCUGCCUCCAAAGAUUCCUCCUUACUCAAAGCUUCAAGAACUCGCCAGUUCCGCAAGCCCCUGCCUUACCCCCAGCCCAGCCCCUUUGCUCAAUGUCAACUCUUCAGCUUGCUUCUCGAGCUCAGGGAUCGGCUUGGGGCCUCGGCAAGUUACUUCUCUCGGGGUGGAGGCGAGCGCCAGGAGCACCUCUCCUUUGCUCUACCCUCGCAUGUCUGGUCUGCAUCGCAGCAUGGAGUCCCUGCCUUUGCAGAUGAGCGUAGCUUCAGAGCUGCAGCAGAGGGGCCGGGAAAAGUCGGUGAGGUGCUACAACACGAGUGAGUCCAGAGACAACAGUCGACAUGAGGACAGAGGCCCUCCCGCUGGCUGGAGCUCUGGAAGUAAAGUUCUGACAGAGACAGAAAGUUCUCAGAGGGACAGAAACACUCUGCCAAAGAAAGGUGUAAGUUUCAGCAGUGCCUCCCAAGUUGAGUUUGAUGGAAAGGAGAAAGGAGAGAGGAGACACUCUCAUACUAUUCUGAGCAUGACUGACUCACUCACUCUUCCAAUGGUGUUGUCCUCGCCCACGUCCUUGCCCCGCUCCUCCAUUAGCAAUGCAGCGCCAAACCCGCUUGGUGGACCUCCAAGGAUGACUCGAUCCAACAGCAUCCCCACACAAGACACGUCCACUGAGCUGUACGGGGCGUCUCCGCUUGGAAGCACGUUAUCGCUGGCUGAACGCCCCCGCAGUUUAGCAAUGGUUCGCUCCGGAUCCUUCAGGGACAAGGAGCUGAAUGAUGAAAUUCAUGGAUCUGUGAUCUCCUUGGCAUCCAACGCCUCGUCUAGCUACUCGUCGGCAGAGGAAAGGAUACAGGGAGAGCAAAUCCGGAAGCUGAGGAGAGAACUGGAGUCUUCCCAAGAGAAGGUGUCAAACUUGACCACUCAGCUGUCAGCCAACGCCAAUCUGGUGGCCGCCUUUGAGCAAAGUCUUGCCCUGAUGACAACCCGACUGCAGAGCCUGUCAUUAAGUCACGAUCAGAAGGACACCGAGUUGAUGGAGUUGCGUGAGACCAUCGAAGCUCUGAAGGCCAAAAAUGAUGAAGCGCAGGCUGUCAUACACGGAGCCUUAAACCACCCAGACAACGAUAAAGAGUUGCGUAUUCGUCGCCAGAACUCGUGUGAAAGCAUCUCCAGCCUCAACAGUCUGACCAGUAUGUCAAGUGUAGGCAGCUUGAAGGACCAAGAUGCUAAGAAGAAGAAGAAAAAGAGCUGGCUGAGAAGCUCUUUCAACAAGGCCUUCAGCAUCAAGAAAGGCCCCAAAACCUGCUCGGACAUUGAAGAAAUUGUCACUCCUGACUCCUCCGCUCCAAAUUCACCGAAGAUGAUGCACGAAGGAGCGGAUGCAGGGGAGAACCUCUCGACGUCCCUCAAAAUUUCUACAUCUGACAUCUCCUCGAAGAUCAUGGGGACAACAGAGGAGGAAGAAUGUGAUGAGAGGGCCGUGUCGGAGCUGCGCUCAGAACUCUGGGAGAAAGAGAGAGAGCUAACAGACAUCCGACUGGAGGCUUUAAAUUCUGCUCAUCAGCUGGAGCAACUCAGAGACGCCAUGGACAGCAUGGAGUCGACUGUGGAGAAUCUGAAAGCAGAGAAUGAUCAUCUGAAAAUCGGAAGUCAGGUCCAUUCAUUGGGCUGUGGUCCCACCUCAUCCACCUCACAGCCUUCAGGGUUGGCCUCUUUCUUAGGAACUUCGUUGAGGCAGCCCAUGUCCCUCACCAAGUCCUUCAGCCUCAGUUUGAAUGAUUGUAAAGGUCCAGACAUGUCUCCAGGCACCAUGUUGGGUAAACCUUCUCUGCUGGAGGAGGUGUGUGCACAGGUUCUGGUUCGCUUCACGGAUCCAGCUGAGGAGCAUAAACAGCAGCAGGAACAUUACCUGGGAUCAGUGAUGAUUGGCGAGAGGACCGAAUGGGCCUAUCUCGACUCCAUGAUAGCCAAGACAUUCAGAGAGUACCUAACUCAAGUGGACCCCACAGCCAGCUUGGGUCUGAACUGUGAUUCGCUACACAUGUAUGAGCUGACCCAGGGAGCACUGAGGGUGAUAGGAGGAGACAAACCUCACACGUCGCCUUAUCGCUGUCUCAGCGGCAGUCCGCCCCGCAUCUUUGUUACCUUGAAAGGUCUUGAAGAACAAAGCGUGGACUCCCUGGUAUUCGAGACUCUGAUUCCCAAGCCUCUGAUGCUGCACUAUAUCAGCCUGCUGCUAAAGCACCGGCGUCUGGUGUUCUCUGGGCCCAGCGGCACGGGGAAGACUUACUUGGCCCAGCGUCUGGCCCACUACCUCCUACAGCGCAGCCAAAGCGACUUGCCUGAAGCGGACGGCGAGUCCUCCCUCGUGGGCCGCGGCACCGCCGUCUCCUUCAACAUGCACCGGCAGACGCAAAAGGAGCUGCAAUUGUAUCUGUCUAAUCUAGCCAAUCAGAUAGACCGACAGAGCGGCAGCGAGCUCCCGCUGGUCGUGAUCAUCGACGACAUCAGUGACGGCGCCGCCAUCACCGAGCUCAUCAACGGCGCGCUCACCUGCAAAUAUCAUAAAUGUCCUUAUAUCAUCGGAACUACAAAUCAACCCGUGAAGAUGUCAUCUAACAAUGGAUUGCACCUCAGCUUCAGGAUGGUUCCUUUCUCUAAUAAUGUGGAGCCAGCCAAUGGCUUUCUCCUGAGGUACCUCCACCGUAAAGUUAUGGAAGCUUACCAGAAGAAGGAGCAUGACGCGUCGCAGCACGAGGACCUCCUUUGCGUUCUGGACUGGGUUCCGCAGCUCUGGUACCACCUCCACACGUUCUUGGAGAAACACAGCACUUCAGAUUUCCUCAUAGGCCCUUGCUUCUUCCUGUCAUGCCCCGUGUCAGUGGCAGAGUUCAGAAAGUGGUUCAUUGACCUGUGGAACCACUCCAUCAUACCGUACCUUCAGGAAGGAGCCAAGGACGGCAUCAAGGUGCACGGCCACAAGGCAGUGUGGGAGGAUCCCGUGGAGUGGGUGAGAGGGACCCUCCCUUGGCCCAGCGCACAGCAGGACCAGUCCAAACUCUAUCACUUACCUCCUCCAAGCACAGGGCCGCACAACGAGGAGAAGAAGCCCCCCAAAGACACUCCUCCGCCCAGCUCGCUGGAGCCUGAUCCGCUGAUGAUAAUGCUGCUGAAGCUGCAGGAGUCUGCAAACAGCAUUGAGUCGCCAGAGCGGGAUGGCGGCCCACAUCCGCUCUGAGAAGAAACUUGAAAGACAAUAGCCUCCCUCUGCAAAAAGAAACAUUGCCGUUGUGAUCAUCCGAAGCUGGAUCGAUUUAUUCUGAGGCGAGAAGCAUGAAAACCAGUCCCGACGUGCAUUUUCCCCCUUCUGAAGCUAUGGAUGUGAGGGAUGCUCACAUACUUUGUUCAAUGCCAAAAUUGCACUUUAUUUCCAAUGUGUGAAAACUGGACAAAGGAGGAGACAUCGUGUCCAAAGGAGAAUGCUCCAGUUAAGCAGUAAUACCACUAGGUGGCAGCACGAGCAGGCUCCCACCUUGCUGGUUGUUGCUCCCACUCCACAGUCAAACAAGUGAAACGUGCAGUGCCUCGUUGAAGUGGUUUCAUCCUGCUGAACCUCGAUUGUGAAGGCACAGAAGUGUGGAAACAAAAGUGCUUGUUUAUUUAACCUGAUAAAACAGACAAUUACUGUUGCCGUUUGAAAACCUUUUUUUUUGUGAUAGAUGAGGAUUUCAUCUUUUGUAGGGUUUUAUACUGACUCAUCUUCAGUAAUAAUCAGCCAUUUGCAGCAAAUAUUGUCUCAUUUCAUACACCUAUAACACCUCGGAGUCCAAAAACAAAUGAGUGCUUCCGCCCUUGUUGCUUUGUUCAUCUAAGAACAUCGGAAUCUUCACACAAAGUUUUUUCCUUCCUCUCGCUACUUGCUUUUUUUCACUACAAUGACAUUCCUUUUUCACAGAUUUAUGACUGAAAAAGUCUCCUUUUUUAGUCCCCCGCCCCACCCCCAGAAAUAUUUUCCAACAUAUUCUGUCUCCGGUUUCUUUACUUUGCAAACAAGGUGCUGAGGUUUAAGUAGAGAUGCGAUGCCUACAUCUGCCUGUGCCUGAAAGCCCCAUCUGGCCUGAAGCUGCCUUCGAGCUUCUUGAAUCUACCACCCGAGGCCUCAAUUUAAAGCAAGUUAUCAUCGGAAGCAGCUCAUUACUUCCGCUCACCUAACUCAGAUGUCAGACGGCUUCGGGUAUGGCGAUGAUGGUUUGGACCUUCGGUUGGUUAGUCAAGUGGAAGAGCUGUUUGCAAGACUAAUGCAUGUGGGCUGCGAAGAUGUCUGUGAUUUCAUGAGUGUGGAAAAGUGUGGACAUACAAGAAAUGUUUGGAGAUGAAGUAAUGAUCACCAUUUUCCCAUGUUUCCAAAAGCUUUUACUUUGAUUGGACCUAUCAUGUUUUGUAAAAAAAAAAAAAAUACUGAUAAUAAUAAUAAUCUUCUUUUCACCUUGUUUUUAAAAGCUUUUUUCUUAUGCAAAUAUAUGUAAAUAUUGAUUUCUCUUUUGUACAUGACAUCUCUGUUGUAAACACUGUAAAUAACCAGUGCAUCUGCGACAACAAUCCUGAAAAAGAGUGGAAAUUUAAAGAAAAAUGCAGAAAAUGGGCCUUGGUUUCGGUUUAUUGUCUUCCUCCAGUGAGAGGAAGGAGCUCUUGAUUUUAAGGUGGGCUGAAGUGCUUUUUUGCGUCAUGUCUCUGUAACCGGGCUGCAUCACAUGUCUAACAUGGAGCUCUGGACACAAUAAAGUCAUGUCAUUUUAUGUAUAAUUUCA